UGACAGUAGACGAGUAACUAAUAAUUUUUAUUGAUAUUUUCGUGUAGAGCAAUGAUAAUUACAUGAAAUGUAAUUCGUCUUUACUGUUAAUAUUUUAACUCUUCCCGAAAAGAUUGAUUUACUUAAAAGGGUAGUGUUAUUAAAGCCAGCGUCAUGUAUCCGGAUGGUUGCUUUGUCGAUAUCCGAUGCGAGUGCGAGUUUAGUUUUUUGUAAAUCUGUAAUGUUAUGAGUGCUCUUUUGAGCUGGUUAGCAUAAUGCCAGUACAGCAGAUUAAUGUUAAGAAUUCGUCGGAAAUCGAGAGUUGGGAAUGGAACGGUGGUUGCGGGCGAGAGGUGAUCCGGGGAGGGUCAGACAGCAGUCGAACCUCAUGCAGCAACUCGAGCGGAGAUAUCUGUCGCAUCUGCCACUGCGAGAGCGAGGUCCACAACCCGCUUCUGGCGCCCUGCUACUGCUCAGGGAGCCUGAAGUACGUCCACCAGAGCUGCCUACAGCAGUGGCUGACGGCGUCCGAGACGCGCUCCUGCGAGCUGUGCAAGUUCAACUUCAUAAUGCACACCAAAAUAAAGCCUUUCAAUGAGUGGCGGUUGCUGGAAAUGUCAGGCGUGGAGCGUCGGCGUCUCUGCUGCGCUGUGUUAUUCCACUGCGUUGCCGCGCUCUGCGUCAUGUGGAGUCUAUUCGUGCUCAUAGAACGGGCUGUAGAAGAAGUGCACCGCGGGCUCAUAGCGUGGCCGUUCUGGACGAAGCUGGUGGUGGUCGCCGUGGGGUUCACGGGCGGAGCAGUGUUCAUGUACAUCCAGUGUCGCCAGUACCUGCACCUGUGUAAUCGUUGGCGCGCUCACAAUAGGAUACUGCUGAUCCAGAACGCGCCGGAGAAGAUGGCCGCCGCGCGCCCCUCGCCGCCGCGCGCGCGCCGCGCCGCCGCGCACGGACAGGUGGUAGCGAACAUCGAGCCGGUCCCCGUGCCGGCCGCGUACCACGAGGAGGACGAGAGCGGGGGCUUCGAGUCGUACCGCGCCGACCCGCGUCGCAGGCUCGCCCCGCCCGGCGGGACCGCCCCGCCGCGCGGGACCGCCGCCGCCAGGGAGCCGGCCCCGCCCGCGAGGCGUUGCUCCGACACGCUAGUCAGUGUCGCGGUCGAAGCUCAAGCUCCCACAGUCUACCACAUAAGCGCGGACCCGCUGGAGGCGGACAUCCGCUCGCUGCUGGCGCUGGACGCGCGCGCGGCGCGCUCGCUGCCCAACCUGCCCACCGUGCCCUCGCUGCCCUCGCUGUCCUCGCUGCCCUCCCCCCCCUCCCGCCCCUCCCACCCCUCGCUGCGCGCCUCGCGCGAGUCCCUGCUGCCCGCCGCGCCGCAGUCCUGAGGCGCGCUCACGCUCUACCCCGACCCCGCCGUGUACUAGCCCCAGAGGGGAUGUACUACUUGUGUCAAGCCCGAGAACGCUUCCUGAAAACUACUGUCCGUGUGCUGACCCUCUUAAUGGACCGUCAGAUCUUGUCUUUGCUAACAAUUGUCAGUUAAUGUUGACGCUGGGUUGGCGAGGGACUGGAAACCUAUGUGGUGACGAGGCGGGCGAAAUACGAAGGGUGCCCGGUCACUGCGAAGCCAUAAACGUAGACCCCCGUUGGGACGCAUCCCACGAGAAUGUCGCUUACAAAUGUCAUUUUUUCUAAUACUUCGGACAAUACGAGAAAGCGCUGUUCUUACACAAUUCAUUAAAGUUUCUGCCAUAUGAAAAAAAAAUUGAUAAACGACAUACCCAUGAAAUGCCCCCAUGAAUUUGUCCCGAACCUCAAUUAGUAUACUACCACCACUAAAUACACGCAUACCAGGAACUUGCCUCCAAAUAAAUGUCACGAAAGUUUGAUUCUCGCGCAUUUGGGAGUUAUUUUAGUUUUUGUAUAUACUUGCAUUUCUGAAUGCGUGAGUUUGCGCCGCUUACGAAGUUGAAUCAUUAGAGGUGGGUCAUUUUCGGAGCAUUAUUGUGCGUCUAAUUUCUUUAAAUAUUAUUUUUUUAAAUAUUUUCAUGGUGACUACCUGAAAUGUCAUCAAAAUAUAAAGACACUGUCGAAAAUGUAUCAAAAGAAAUUAGACUUACAAAACACGGUAUUUACUUGGAUAUAGUAUGCAUGCGUUCUCUGGUAAGUUCCUUUCAGUUUAGCGUCUGAUUCGAGUGAAAGCAACUCGAAAAUACAAAUAUCUAGAUUAGAUAUCGCUAGUCGAGUAUUUUACGAUUUUACCUGCUGAAUAAAAACCAUGUAUAUAAUAACUACGAGCGCGCCCGAUCAAUUAUACGGCUAGACAUAGAGAAAUGCAAUAAUAUGGUAUGUCACGUGAAGUAUAAUUAUAUAACGUUAAAACUUUACAACUUUGCCCAUUAUUAUAUCUUUGCCCAUUGAGAUUAAUUGAACUUUUUUACAUAAAUUCCCAUAUACAAUAAAUUAAAUAUAUAUAUUUUUGUUUGGGCAAAAUAUAGAAGAAACGGCAAAGUUACAAAAGUUUAAUGAAAUCUCCACAAUUUGUCCAUUACAAUAGUACCAAUAAAUCAAUUUAGUUUGGUAUUUUCGCCCUGAAUCGGCUUGUUUUCGCAUAACGUGCCUACUUUAGAAAUAUAUAAUGGUAAACUAUUAUAGACUUAACGUUUUCUGUUAUGUAAUCUUAACGCAUCUAUUCUAGUUAUUUAUACGACUGGUACAGACAGAGCAAUAUGUGUAAUAAGAAAGAAGACUUGUAGCAGCUGGUGCGAUGGACUAGGGUCAUAUUUAUACGCCAAUUUAGUGUUUACCAAAACUAUACAAAUACUAUGAAGUCUAUGAAGGUUUGUUGAACAAAAUGAAAUAAAACUGAAGUACUAAAGUAAAAAGAAAUUGAACGAACAUUGUAAGGUGUUAAGAUUGAAAUAUCAUUAAUGGCAUAAUUCUAUGGCCAUUGGCUCAGUGUAAACAUGACUUAGUCUUGCCGCAUUCAUUUUGAAAGAACCGUUAAUAAUCAAAAUCUCUUCCAAUAUCCUAGUUUGGCCGUAUUUUUUUAGUUUUAAUUUUCAUAAUUGAAUCAACGAUAAAAAUCACUGUACACAUUAGUUACCAUAGUAUAUUUUUGCUGUACUGUGUAACUUUGCCCACUAAAAACUUAUCCGGAAAACCAGUUUUGAAUGUUGUGCCUAAGGCUUCAAUUAUAAUGGGUAAUAGGACAAGAAAUAUGGCCGUUUCGCAAUAAAUCCAUCGUGUAAUGUAGCUUUACAUUUACCUUGUACUUUCUGUAACCCUGAAAAGUUAUUUGGGCCAAAGAUAUACCUAUAUCUUUAUGUUAACAAUUUGUCUACGCGUGGCUUAAAUACGGAACAUGUUAAAAACCUACACGUUGUAGAUCCAAAGCUCCAGUAAUAUUUUCGCUGAACAUCAAUAACUUUUUAAUAUUUCAUCCGUAAAACAAUGUAAACAUGAUGUCGAGUUGUAAAUAAUGUGUUCUCUAAUCAAGUACAUUGUUACUUAUCCAACACUACGAGAAUUGUAAAUAGGAAUAUAAUAUAAUAAUAAACGUACGAUAGUGAUCGGCAUUUCAUGAGCCAAAUUUACUUUGUUUAUAAUUGGAUAAAGUCAAUCAGAGAUUACCUAUGAUCGUUUUAAUUACUUUGAAUAUUUGAUUUAGUUGUCAUUAUUUUUACUUGACUACGCAAAGCCAAAAGGAUGGGUAAUUAAUUAUUUUAGCAGCCUCUAUGCAUACCCACAUGCAUGUGCAAUGUGCAUGCAAUGCUUGUGUCGCAUUUUUCACUAGAUCCUCAAAAAUUCAGAGGCGAUUUUGAUGAAUCAAUCGAUUAGUUUUUAGCAUCUGACCAAGCAAGAUUGGCAGCGAUUUGGAUAGCCCAGACAGUGCAAGUGUUAUUUUAAAAUUAUGACGUUUACUUAACACUUGCAACUUCUAGGCUAUAAAAAUCGCUGCCAAUUUAUCUUGGUCAUACUCCAUAAACCUUCCGAAUGAAUUUCCAGAAUGGAAAAACCGUAGUUUGUCUUUUGGUUGUUCGAGUUCGGGUAAUAGAAUGUAAAUUAUGUUGAUAUGUUAUAACUGGUUAUCGAUCGAUAUUUCUUACUUUCAUUUAUGCCAUAAUUGUCGACAUCGAUUAAUAUUGUGCGCCCGUUUAUUGUCAGGUGUGUUAUUCGAAUUUGGUCUAUUUCAUUUUUGGGACGUCGUUACUUACAAGGAUGAAAACCGAAAUUAUAAUGGCACCUUGAUAAUAAAUAUGGUCACAAUGUGUAUGUUAGGUUAUUUGAACGAACGUGUUUAUUUUAUUCAUAUUUUGUUACUAAUUGCAGUUGUUAAUAAAUUUCUUAACAUUGCUAUAACAUCGUGAAUAAUGUUGGUGAAUCGAUGCGAAACAUUAUGUCUUAGAUUUUUCACUAUUUUGAUCUCUGUGCUACCACAAAAAAAAUGAUUGGUAGAUAAUCUUUGUCAAUUCUAUCACCGCCUAAAGCAUGUUUGGAGAUUUCAUACUUAGAUAAAAUGUAGUUUAAUAUUUUAAAUGUCGAAUCUCCUUAACGUACCUACAUCUCUUCUAGGGCUCUCUUUACUAACUAGAACUAAAAUGAAUCUAACAAACUGUCCGUUUAUUUUUGUAAUGGGAAAUUAUAUUUAUUUAUUUCCAUGUAAAUUACGCCUGUAAAGAAAUUUUAUAAAUAUUAGGAUUAAACAAACUGUAUCUCUAGUUUUAGUGGUUUGACUGUUUCGAUUAAUGCAGUUUUCGUCUUUAUUUACUGCCAGUACUUACAGCUUAAAAUAUGUUAAACUACUAAAACUAAAGACUAAUUAUUUCAGACAAAAUAAUUGGUGAUAAUCUCGAUAGUCAUGCAUUUAGAAAGCAUUUAUACAUUUGAGUCCAUAAUAGGCGCUUUACCUUUUAACCGUUUGACAUAAGUACGUUUAAAAUUAACUGUACAUAAUUGUGAUGUUUUAAAUAUAUUCUUAACUAUGUUGUGUUAAGAUCGUGAAACAUUAAUUGGUACUUAUAGAUAAGUGGUUUACCCAAGCGAUUGUAUAAUGAAGUUUAACCAACCGAUUCAAUCAAUAUUUUUUUAAGUUGUGCCAAAAUUUUAUUGAUUUUUUGUGUGGCAGCUAUGGGCAAAGUCAAACGGUUAAUCUCAGAAACUGUUUAAAAACAGUUUUUUUCCACGUUCGAAUAUGCUAAAAAAUGUAUUAUCAAUUUAGGGAUACCAUAUCGCUUUUGUCAUCGAAAAAAACUUUUAAUGUUAUGAGCCCGUUUAUUUUUUUACUGCCAUACUUAUGCCAAAAUCUUUACGAUGUAAGGAAAUUAAAGGUAAUUAAGUUCGAACGGGUAUCGAAUUAGAAGUUUUCUGUAGGAUAUAUGGUAGCCCUAAUUCGCGUUUGGCCAGAUAUUCUUAAAAAUUAAACAGUAUAGAUGUAAAAAGAAUAUUUCAAUCACAUUAGCUGUUCAAACUCUGAAAUGAUAACCUACAUAACAAUAACUAACUAUUUUAUUUCAUAGAUUUUCUUAAUACCUUCACUGUCCCGUUAUAAGUCCGUAUCUACUUUAUUUCACUUCUCAUCAGCAUCGUCAUGAAGACUGUGAAGGUAUUAAAUAGCUAUUCUAUUUUACACGAAUUCAUUAUAUAAAUAUUGUACAAACUUGUCAAUAACUCAAUAUUACCCUGCAAGUAUGAAACAUUCAAAUGCGGCACUCAUUUAUGUUGAAUGCACAUCGCCACAACUUGUAAAUGUAUAUAUAAUCCCUAAAAAAGCAUGUUUAAUAUAAAGUCACAAAUUAUUCACGGCUCAUAUUAUUAUAUUUGUAGUUAGGUAGUUAAUUAAUAGUUUGGACAUUUGGUGCUAAUGAAUUAAACAAAAAAAAAACAGUCCAAAAUUAGGUGUAUUAUGUACGGCUGUAUUUUACUUAUGAGUCGAUUUGUUUGUAAUCCUUAAAUUAGUUCAAAUUGUUUAACAUAUCUCUCUAUAAUCAUGACGGUGUAUCAGAAUGCUAUCUGUGGCCAGUUUACUAAACUAAUUAUAUAAUUAUAUGUGUUUAUUUUAAAGGGCACUUAGUUAUUUACAUGUUUAUUGUUUUAGCGAAGCAAACUGUAUAUUUUUGUAAAAAGAUGGAGAGUUCGGGCGCUUGGCGGUAUUUUGAGAUACCAUAAGUGCCGGCAAGGAUCACUAACGAUUGGUAUAAGGUAAAUGCAGUUAUUUUAACACACUUAGAUGUUGUCAGUUCUAUAAAUGUUUGACUGUUAACUUUCACUAACUCUUAUCAAAGGCAAUAAUUUGAUCUAGAUGUAAAUAUUAUAUCACUCGGAAUAAAUUCUAUUGUAAUCAAUGCAUGCUGGAGUUUUAGAAAGUCACCAGUCGAAUUGUACAAAUAUGGGACGUGGUUUUAUGCAUUAUUACUAAUCAUUCAUGAUCCUUGAGGGCACUAGUAAACUGAGACACUCAUCUGGUGUACCUUCUCGUAUGCGUGUCACAUAUCACUCUAUUAUUGUGUAUCUGUAAAUGAAAGUUAUGCGGCUGUGUGUAAAUAAUUAUUUUCAUGAUAUAUUGAUUAAUGCGUUCAUCCGAUAGUUUCCUGGUUUUCGUCAUGUUUCGAACGUAGUUAGUGCCUUAUUUGAAAAUACGUGAAUAGCUUUGUAUCACAAUAUUGUUACCUUAAUCCAUUUGCGAUCCGAGGUCCCUACCGCGUGGGACAUAUUUGGCACACAAGGCACCUUGUCAGUAUAAUUGUGAUAUAGUUAAGUUUAUUUUUGCUCAAAAUUACUUUCUCUCUGACCUGUGUACUUAUCAUUCAUGAAAUUUGUAAGACUGUAUUUUAUUUUGUUGUGUAACAUUGUUAGUUAGCUCCAGGUUAUAAAUAUAGUUAUUUUGAGAUUGUA